AUGGGAGACUCAAUGUUAGUCUUAAAACAAUUGUCUGGCGACUACAAGGUGACUAGCCAAGCUUUGCUUGGAUAUCAUGCGUUGGCCAGCCAAUUAAUGGAAGAUUUCGAUGAUGUGAGACUCGCCCACUUACCGAGAGAACAUAACACUCAGGCCAACGCCAUGGCCCAAUUAGCAUCCGGAGUGGAGAUCUCCGAAGGGAUCUCUGAGGAGCUUUUUAAAGUUGAGAAGAGGUCUCUCCCCUCCGUCUUUGAAAGAGGGGUUCCAGCAGAAGUUAUGGUGUUAACCAUAGCACCGGAGGAUUGGAGGCACGACAUUGUGCAAUAUUUGAAAAUCCCAAAUGGGUCAUAUAGCCAACAAAUUCGGCGGAGGGCCCAAUAUUAUAUGAUAAGGGAUGAAGUAUUGUUCCGCAUAGGUUCCGAUGACUUGCUCAUGAAAUGUUUGGGCAAAAAAGAACAACUCGUAGCAAUGACGGAGGUCCAUGAGGGGAUAUGCGGUGCUCAUCAAGCUGGCAUCAAGAUGAGGUGGCUUUUAAGAAGACACGGUUAUUAUUGGCCGACUAUCCUCAAAGAUUGCAUUGAAUAUGCCAAGGGUUGCAAAGACUGUCAAAGGCAUGGGCCGAUCCAACAUGUCCCGGCCGGACCAAUGAAUCCCAUUGUCAAGACUUGGCCUUUCAAAGGUUGGGCAAUGGAUGUGAUUGGCCAAAUAUACCCAAAGUCAUCUAAGGGCCAUAAGUAUAUAUUAGUGGCCACCGAUUUUUUCACAAAGUGGGUGGAGGCCGUCCCACUCAAGCAAGUUACUCAAGUCGAGGUGAUAGAAUUCAUUGAGAAGAAUAUCAUCCAUCGAUUUGGCCUGCCCGAGUCCAUUAUGACUGACCGAGGAACGGCGUUCAUGGGCGAGGCUGUUCAAGCCGCCGCAAGAAAUUGGGGAAUUAGGAUGGUUCAAUCCACCCCAUACAAUCCCCAAUCAAAUGGCCAAGCGGAGGCUAGUAAUAAGGUGAUAAAAGGGAUUUUGGAAAAAAAUGAUUGA